AUGGCGAGACCAUUGGCGAAAAUCUGUGACAUCAACGAUAGCAAAGAGCUUUGGAAAGUUUCUGUUCGAGUUCACCACAAAUGGAAGGUUAUUUUGAACAAGAGGGAGCAUUUUGAGAUGAUUUUUGUUGACGUAUCGGGUGGUGACAUACAUGUUGUUGUUCCUUCACCACAUGUAUCUCUAUUUUAUGAAAAAAUGGCAUUGGAUCAUAGUUACACUGUUUCCAAUUUUAAGGUUGCUACAGCAGGCACAACAGUUACGAAUGAUAACAAGAAUGAAAUACCGCCAAAACCGCUGGUGUUUACUAAAUUUACUGAUAUAAUAACCGGUAACUUUAACAAGGAUGUGCUAAUAGACGUCAUUGGUAUGGUGGAAAGUAUUGUGUAUUCUCAUACCACAUCAGGUGCUUGGAAGCAGCUAAUUAACAUGAUGUUGCAGGACGGCGGUGGCAAUACUAUCAAUUGCACUCUUUGGGAAUCCUAUGCUGAACAAUUCCUCAAGUUCAAACAGGAGCGUGGAGAUGAUUCUGGUCCUAUGUUUAUCAUGCUCCAAUAUGCCAAAGUCAAGGAACAAGGAAAGUUUCCACUAUCCGUGUCAAACACGUUUAAUGUCACUCUGCUUGGUCUGAAUACUAAUUUGCUGCCGAUGAAAGAAUUUAUGGAAAAAUUACAUUUUGUGCGACUGUUGGAGAAACUAAAAUGCUGGUGGCCUCUCCCUAUGGCUGGUAUUAUCGUGGUUUCCAUGCUUGCUCCUGUAUUGCGCGUGGUGACAGACCUCCGUUUGAGUGUGAGGUAUAAGAUUGAGAUUGAAGUUACUCAUGCAGGGAAUAGCUGUAACUUUCUAUUUUGGGACAGAGAGUGUGAGCUUCUUUUGGGAUUGUCUGCUUCUCAGCUGCGUCAUACAAUGAUUAAGGCUGGCAUUCAUGAUCCAUUGGAAUUCCCACUGGCAUUGGAUCAGAUGUUGGAUCGCAAGAUGGCUUUUAAAAUCAAGUGGCAACCACUGUGGAAGAAUGCCUCGGUAGUUAUGCUAUUGAAGAAUGACUCUUUUGUGAAAGAGCUUGCUGAUCAGCUUGACACAGAUGAAGAGGUUGUACCUAUAAACUCCAUACCGGCUGACCAGCUUGAGAUCAAACAAGCCGGUGUUGAAGCAACAUGCACUGUUCUUUCAGAACCUGAUUUUGUUAUCGAUCUUGAUGUCACUUCGACGCAUAACACAUAUCCAAUUACUCCUACUGGCAAAAGACAGUUUCCAGGCGCAUCAAGUGAGUCGACAACCUCGGAUGGCACUUGUGAUGGAGAACUUUCAUCAAACAAGCUCAAGAAAAUUAUAAAACUAGAGAAGAUAGAUUAG